UUUGAUUCAAGGCUAGUCCGCUAGCCUGCAAAUACAGCCUGCAAAGAUUACUCUAUAUAGCUCUAAAUAACCAGAACGGACAACAUUGAAACUGACUUCCAAAUAACUUCGAACUUCCUAUAAGUACUGACUUCAGAGGGUGCAUGGUGUGUGUCUUGGCAACAGGUUGGCGGUGUGAGACAUGGAGUCAUGCAGCAAGGAAAACGGUGAUCCUUUGCACAGCUUUAAAAUUGGCCAUGUGAGUGAACUUUAUCUUGCAAGAAGGCAGCUCACAGAUGUUCCAGAUUUGUCCGGAUUCACCCAGCUGAGAUACAUCUGGCUUAAUAAUAACAGGAUAAAGCAUAUUCAUGGCCCUCUAUUUCACUGCUGUUUAGCAGAGCUGUACCUCCAGAACAAUGAGAUUACCUCAAUCGCAGGGGCUCUGAGGCACCUGAGCUGUCUGCGAGUGCUGCUGCUUCACAAUAACCACCUGCUUAACCUGGAGGAAACAGUGGCUGAGUUGAGGACCAUGCAGCACCUCCAAACACUCAAUUUGUUCCUGAAUCCCUUAACGCAAGAUCCCCUGUAUCGGAAAUACAUGGUCCAUCACUUACCAUUUGUUCAACUGUUAGACAGAAAAGAAGUGAGACAGGAGGAGAGGAAACGUGCCUUUAAACUCUUCUGUCCUGAGAGACAGACAAUUCUGGACACACUUGCCUUUGGCAGAAGAGCACUGAAGGAAAAGAAAAUGACUCAGGACACACAGAGAGGUCUGUGGAGCUCCAAAGCAAAGCGCAUAAAAUGGCCAUUUGAUGAGAUCGAGGACCUCUGUGAGCGCAGGGCCAUGCAGAGGUCCAUCAUGCAGUUCUCUACUCUGGACUGGAGCAGUGUGAGAAGAGCUCAUCAGCAACCCCUGGAGGAGCAGAGUUCAACUGCAGCCAAAAUCCUUACAGUCAAAUUCAGAUAA